GCGAACGUCUGAUCACGCACAGUUUCUUUAUCUCACGCGAACCGAGCGGACGUGCCGUGCCCCAUUCUCAUCAGUUACUUUUUAUUCUGUUUCUAUUAGUAAAGUUACGUUCACUGUCUAUUGUUCCAGCAGAACAGUUCCAAAAUGAAACUGCUCGUUGUACUGAGUGUGCUCAUUGCCGGUGCGCUGGCUACCGGCGACGGCCCAAAGGUUACGGACAAGGUCUACUUUGACAUCACGAUCGGUGGCAAACCGGAAGGACGCAUCGUGAUCGGUCUGUUUGGUGGUACUGUACCGAAGACGGCUCGCAACUUCAAGGAACUGGCAGAGAAGACCACACCCGGUGAAGGGUACAAGGGCAGCAAGUUCCACCGGGUGAUUCGCGACUUCAUGAUCCAAGGUGGAGAUUUCACCAAGGGUGACGGUACCGGUGGACGUUCGAUCUACGGUGAACGUUUUGCCGACGAGAACUUCAAGCUGAAGCACUUCGGUGCCGGCUGGCUGUCGAUGGCCAACGCGGGCAAGGAUACGAACGGUUCGCAAUUCUUCAUCACCGUCAAGCAGACGAGCUGGCUGGACGGACGUCACGUCGUGUUCGGUAAGGUGCUCGAGGGUAUGGAUGUCGUACGCAAGAUCGAAAACACUUCCACCGAUGGGCGCGAUCGUCCGACGAACGAUGUUAUGAUCGCUGACUCUGGCUCCCUGCCGGUCAGUGAACCAUUCUCGGUGGAGAAGAGUGAUGCCACCGAGUAAGGUGUGCGCGCACAAAUAGGGGUGUAAGACUUGGAUUUUGCUCUUCGCCAAACCAAACGUGAAUGGGAGAUUACAAAAAGCAAUGGACGGACACUUAGCGACAACACUAUCCAUCCAAACGGAAAAUGCCUUUCCCUCCCGGGGAGGAAUGAUCGAUCUUGAGGAAGAAAGCAGGAAAAAAAGAGAACGGCAACAAAAGUGAUCCACAAAAAUUACAAACCACAUGUGUACAUGUGAUCGCAUUUAAGAAGAGAAAAAGAUCCAUUCGAUAAGUAAAUCCUAAUUCACAAUAAUAAAAAAAAAAUAAAACAAGAGAAAGGAACAUAUUUUUAUGAUAAAUUUUACACCAAAAUCCAA